UGUCAUCCUUGUUGCGAAUUUCAAGUCGCCUUUUGCCUUGCGCGAGCGAUCGAUAACAUAAAUUGGGUAGAUUCGGAGUUUGUGGAGGUCAGAGUUAUUGAUGGGCAAGGUUUUGCAGUGUAGGCAUUGAAUUGAAAUUUUUAUUGUAUAAAAAUGGAAUCUGCUGGUGCUUACGGGGGUGGAAAAGCUGGCGGAGCUUUUGAUCCUCAAGCUUUCAUUCAGCGGCCUCCGGUGAUAGUCAGGGCAGUAUGCUGGCUCUUCAGCGUGAUUGUGAUGGGUUGUAUAUCCGCUAAGGGCUGGUAUGUCAACAAGGAAGACGGCAAGGAGUACUGUGUCUACAAUAAUGAUACUAAUGCAUGCAACUAUGGUGUGGGGAUAUCGGUGAUAGCUUUUGUUGCAUCAAUUGCAUUCAUAGCGGGUGAAUAUCUGUUUGAACAGAUGUCAUCUGUGAAAACUAGAAAGCAUUACGUUCUUGCUGACUUGGGCUUCUCAGCUUUCUGGGCGUUCCUGUAUUUCGUGGGCUUCUGCUACCUGUCCAACGCUUGGGGUAAGACCGACAACCCACCGGUGGGCACCGCCAACAACAUGCAGGGCGCCAUAGCAUUCUGCUUCUUCUCUAUAUUUGCUUGGGUGGCAUGCGCAUUGUUCGCUUUGCAACGGUUCCGUAUGGGUGCGGAUGCGGCGUUCGCACCCGCGUACGAGGUGGAGGGUGCCAUCGGCAGUCCGGGCAGCUUCCCCGCGUAUCCCGGCGCCCCCGACCCCCAGCCCGCGUACAGCGACCCGCCCUUCACGCAGACUGGUAACAUUGACUACACAGCUCCUACCUACUAAAUGGAUAAAUAUCGCAGAAGCGGCUACGACGCAUUUACUUAUUUAUUUAUUUUAUAAUCCAUUAAGUCAUAAUUAUAUCAUACAUGGAGUGUGCCAUUAUUUGAAUAUAUUAAAAUGUUAUG